AUGGGGCUAGGAUUGGAACAAGAGCUUUUGCCAAGGUUGAUUGAUCUUGCGGGGUUCAAAUCAUCAAGGCUGGUCGGAAGGUCCGAAACGGACGAAAGCUUGUUGCAUGAGAGUGGAACACCCGAGAGACCCCCGUCAACAGAUGCGAUGAUCCGAGUGGUGGGGGAUAGUGGAUACCGGGCAUUUGUCAUUGCAAAGCAUUCCGAGUAUGGCUACCUGCUACUGGAGGCAAACAAAAAGCGUAAGGGAGGCCGACACUUCCAACUGCCAGGGGGUCAUGUGGAUGCUCAUGAAAUUUCUCAGUAUGGCAUCGAUGAAGGAUCCAGACUUUACCGAUUGGCCCCCAUCGAGUUCCAUUCAGGGGCUUAUGGUCCGCAAGGAGUCAAGUUGCAUGAGACUGGGAGGCGGUUUUUCAGGCUUGACAUUUCCGAUGUUGAUUCUGUACAAGACCUGCCUCCUGCAACACCACUGAGCAUGGAAGAUUUCCGGCUCUGUCUCUCGAGGGAGCAUACAGGAUUCCGAUUUCAGAAAUCACCGGCAAAGGCAGCGGAGCUGGUGACACUCCAUUCGGGAGGAAAGUCUUCGUUGGCCAUCACUUUAUACGAAAGUAGCCAAAAGCCGCAAGACUAA